AUGGUAUCAAUGAAAUACAGAUUAUGUAAUUAUUUCAGGUGAACAACCUUUGUAAAGAACAUGAACGAUCCGAGGCGCUGAGAGUUCUCCAAACUCAAAAAAAUGCUGUGGAAAAGGUUAAGGGAAUGAUCUUGCAUCUGAGUAACGAUGAAAGGGACAAGUUGAACGCGUGGAAUAACCUGAACGACACAGUUGCUGAGGAAAACUUCUAUACGAACAAGAUGAAAGUAUGUUGACGCUUCUAUAAUAUGUUUAUUCGGAUUUUAGCAACUGCCACCUCCUGAUUACAAAAUGAUUAAGUCUGCUUACAGUAGAAUAUUGGAAAAGAUGUUCAGUGCUACACUUCCAGAACAUUACAACGAAAUAUUCAGCCACCUUUCAGAAAAAGAUUUCGAUCAGCUCCGUCUUUUGGCAAAGGAAGAUCAAAAAGACGCAAUCAGAGAAUUCGUUAUGCAAAAGGCAUCUAAACAAGGGCUGAAAGAAGAGGAAGUCAACGACUUGUUUUACUAUUUCACCAACUCCUUUAAACUAGUAACAUUGAAAGAAGGCUCCGGGACUCGGCAAUAUCAAUAUCGACCCCAUGAUGACGAUCAAAUCUUUUGGGAGACAAAAUUAUAA